AAUUCCUCAAAACAAAAUCUUCAAUUUUCAGUCACAAAUGGCAGCAACAACAUCUACUGCAACAACAACAACACAGUUGAUCAAUCUCACGCGCUCUCGACGCUCCACUCUUCGCCACUUCUCACCAAACAAUGUUCACAUUCUUCAUCACCAACCCUUCACUCCUACACUCAUCCACAAUCGUCGUUCAAAUCUCACAAUCAUCAAUUGCAAUAGCAAGCUGAAUAACUCAAGCGGAGGAGGAGAACCAUAUGAGAUGGAUGGUGUUUUUGGGAGAUACGAUGGAAUCGAAGAUGAUAGUGAUGAAGAUGAUGAUGCAGAGAGUAGCGUUGAUUUGUUGAUAAAAUUCUUGCAGAGUAUGUUUAAGAAGAUGUCCAAAAAAGCUAAAAAGGCUUGUCGUUCUGUUUUGCCAUCAGUAUUUUCUCCUCAGCUUGUUUCUUUUGCAGUUGAUGGGACUCUGCUACUUGCUUCACUUUCUGUUGUCAAAGCACUUCUUGAGGUUAUCUGCAACAUUGGUGGCACAGUAUUUGCUGCAAUUCUGAUCCUGCGUGUGAUAUUGGCAGCAGUUUCUUACUUCCAGUCCAGUGGGAAUAGUUUCAAUCAAGGGGACAAUUCAUUUGGUGCUAUAGCCUAAACCUCUUCUGCAAAUUUUGUUUGAUGGUAGUUUCCAUAUGGAAUUUUCUUUAGGUAAGGUACAUAUUUUAUCUGGUUUAACUGAAUCAAAGCACCCUCGGUGUUGAGUAAGAAGAAAGCGACUGAUCACGUGUCUAAAUUACACACUAAAGGAUGUGGUUUAUACAAUAAGUCAUAAAUACAAGGAAUUACAAUCAUGUAGUUAUUGUAAUUACUUAAUAUACUAACAAAGUUAAAAUAUAAUUACGCAAUUUCCAUGAUCUUGUAUUCAUCUUCUCAACUUCUGAAGCAUAUAAACUAUAUGAACCCAACUUGUUAUAUACAUGACCGAUUUGGGGAUCUCUUGUGGACUUGGUGAGGACAUUUGCUUGUUGAUGAUUUGAAUUGACGAAA